AUGGCCAAUGCUUCGCGGAUUCUGCUUUGCGGAGAUGUCGGCGGCUCUUUCGCGCUGCUGGGAAAGUUCCUGAAACGAAUCCAAGAUCGUCAGGGUCCAUUCGCGGCCAUCGUAUGCUGUGGAGCCUUUUUCGGUCAGCCGGAUGAUAACCGAAACGAUGCGCAUGAUGCCGGCGACGAAUGCGGCUCGUCCUCUAUCAAGAAAGAGCGUGAGGAAGGCGACGUCACAGAGGAAGCCGGCCGUCUCCUCUCUCUUCUCAGACAGCGUUACGGUCAACAGAUGAAGGCACUUGCGAGUUUAUCUGGAUCCUUGCCUUUUCCGCUCUUCUUCAUCGACGAAGAGGUUGCAUGCUUAGCUGCGCAGGUGGCUACGAGCACGGGCCCAGCACCGGUGUGCCAGGAAGGAGACUCUCAUACCGAGAACGGCCUCGGCGAGAGUGGGAUUUUGAAGGACCACCAAGACGCGCCUUCUAGUCGCGACGUUGACGAGGCAACUGGAUCGAUCGAGGCUGAAUCCGGCUCGCCACGGAGGUGCGAGAAACCCUCCAGCUCCACAGGGACUCUGGUGGCAGAUCUCUCUGUGGAUGCCUCAGGUGCACUCACGCCUGUACAGCUUUUUCGGAACGUCUACUGGCUGGGAGCAGCAGGCUUUGCCCGUGUUGCGGGGCUGAACGUCGCCUUCUUUGGGAUGCCCGAGAGCGACGCGAAUAAAGGCCACAAAGGAGAAAUGGACGAAAAAGAGGGGAAAACGGGAGGCGAUGACAACGAGGCCAAGACGAGAUGGCGAAAUGGUGCGGAUAGUCCCUCCCUCGCAGACCCUACGAGCGUCAAGCGUCGCCGCCUAGAUGAGGAGAAAGCAGAAGCUGUAGGAGGGGGGCCAUCCGUCCCGACAUCCGAUGAUAUGUGUCAAUCUCACCCCUCUUCGUUAUCUGCCUCUGGCUGUGUUCCAUUCUUGCGCCCGUCGUCCUCUUCCUCGCCUCCUUGUACUUCUUCCGCAAACGCUCUGAGGCAGAUGAUCGAUGUGGGAGAAAGUCCCGCAUGGCGGGGCCGAAUUGAUCUCCUGCUCAGCUCUCGAUGGCCGGAGGGCAUUUGGCGUGGUUUGUGUUUGCCGGGCGAACAAAAUGAGAAAGAGGAGGAAUUCAACCAGCUCUUGGCAAAGGCACAAGUGGCCUUAGGCGAUUUGGAGGCAAGAAACAGCGGCUCUACGCCUGCCCAGCUUGCAGCCUUCCUAGAACCCCGAUAUGUCAUCGCCGCUUCGGCAGGUCUCUUUUACCCCCGACCGGCAUUUCGCGGCGUACGCUUUGGUUACACCAUGAAAUUCAUAGCGCUAGGGACCCUAGGGAGCAAGGAACCGGAGAGGAAGCCAAUCCAUGCACUUCAGCUGACGCCCUUGGAUGAGAUCCGAGCCGCCCUCUUCCCUGCGUUAGCUCGAGCCGAUGCCUCAGCGGAUUCCGCCAACACAGAGAAGACCGGCGACUCUCCGUCUCUUACUGCCGAUGAGGCUGAGACAACCCUCUUUGCUCUUCCGCCGGAUGCUACCUGCAAUCCUAUCUCUUCACUUCUUCCUCCCGAUCGUAAACUUUGUGGGGGUUCGGGCGACGCUGUUGAUGUGCUAGAAAGAAUGAGUUCCGCCACUUUGCGCCGGGAACUCUUGCGAAGCGCUCAGUGUUUGGACGAUGAUUCAGCAAAUCCACCCGCAACGUCAUUUCCGCAGCCGAACCACGGCCGACCCUUUGGGCCACGCAGGAACCCCGAACAGAAGGUUCAGGGGCCUCCUCGUCGGUGCUGCGUGGUGUGCGUGAGCAACCUGACAUACGAUGUAGACGACCAAUCUCUAGAAAGAGUUAUGGGAGCCUUUGGAGAGGUCAAGUUCAUCUAUGCCCCCCGAAACCCCGAGAAUAAAUCCCAGGGGACUGGAAAAGCGUUUGUCGUUUAUUUUGCUCCAGAGGGCGCCGAAAAAGCAGUCGAGGCGUCCGGUCAGCUGGAAGCGGGCCGCCGAGUCCUGCGUGUUGCCAUGUGGCGAGAAAAGAUUCCUUUCGCUCACAAGAUCCGAGAGGACGGCGUUCCUCCGCCACCAAAGCCGGGGUCGUCAAUCGUGACGAAGCCUCAUGCGGAUUGUUGGUUUUGUUUGGCAAAUCCCAAAGUCGAGAAACACCUUGUGGCUAGUGUAGGAGACACUUGUUAUGUUGCAGCGCCUAAGGGUGGUGUCCAUGCUUUGCAUGCGCUGAUUAUCCCGAUCACUCAUUUUCCGUCGGUUGCAUUUGCAACGGAAGAAGUUCGCGCGGAAAUUGGGCGCUAUGUUCAGGCCUAUAGGAGAGCUUUACGCCAAAAAGAAAACCUCGACUGCAUCGUAUAUGAGAGAUAUGUGCCUAUGAGGACAACGAAGGCGAUGCACACCCAAAUUCAGUGCAUCCCGUGCUCGCGUGCGGAAGGCCUUCGAGCUGUUGAAUUUUUUAAGAAAAGAGCCCACAAAGCUGGACUUUCUUUUGAAUCUCUCCCAUCUGAGCGGAAUGCAUUGGCCUUCUCGGAUCUUGCCUCGCGGGCGCCAGGCACAGAGAUCGCGUACUUCUAUAUCGAGUUGCCUGGUCUCUCAACUGCAAGCGGACAGCUCGUCGAGCGUUUCCUUACCGCUGCUAGCUGCCGUGUCGACAAGGAACUGGCCAUGGAAGAGGCGCGGUAUAGUCGCCGGGACUUCAUUUAG